UCUCGUAUGAGACAUCGGCCAUCUGCCGGCAAAAUAUUCAAUUUAUUUUCUUUGUAGAGAAAAUGCGUUGCAGUUAUUCACCCAAAAAGUUUGAAAUUUCUCGCCCUCUAUCGAAGAUUUCCGAAACCUCAAAUUUAUUGUUGAUGCGAUUUUCAAAACAAUUUUACAUCAUUUCCUGUUUUAACCCGCGCAGUGGAAUCUAGAAAUUUCUCCCUCCUUUUUCUCCUCACCGAUUACUACAAGAUUUCCGGUGGAGCUUGAGAUAGUCCGAGCUUUUUUCGUCGCCAGUCGCCAUUGUUCGCAAUACGCAUUCGUCCGCCCGCGGGAUCGUACAUAAAUAACAGUUUGUUCCGCGAUUGUGGAAAUUCUUAUUAAAGCUGUACGAUUAAGAUAUUCGAUUUUAACAUGAAAACCGUCUCAACAAAACGUACAAAGCAUGCAGCUAAAAAACAUUUUAAAAAAUCUAACAAAUACGAGACGUUAAUGAAAGAAAUCAAGAAAAUGAGGAAAGAUGCCAAAAAACAACGGGCAUCGCGACGAUCCCGAAAACGUAAACGUUCAGCCCCAACAUCCAGUUCUUCGAGUUCUUCAUCGAGCUAUUCGUCGGAUUCGUCCACGGAUUCGCCAUCUUGUGAUGCCGAAUCUGUUCAAAAUCGAACACUGCAGUCGAAAGUCUCGUUUUCUGACAAAGAAAAUAUUGCACAUGUAAGUCGUGAUCUUCCUAAUGAGGUUUGUACUGAGAACUUUGAGACUUUGCGAAAGACUUCUAAUCGGGAUGAGCCAGUGUCCAAAAAACGGCGAACAAAUGCAGUCUCAACUUCGCCUAUACGAAAGAUUGACUCGCCUCUGGUAGAAAAAAGCGAUCUGAAUUUGAAGUCUUCGUUCAACAAAAACUCUAUGGUAAAGAAAUUGAAAAUCGCAGAAUCCUGUCCAGUUGACAAAAAUGAAGACUGUAGCAACGACGAAUUUAAAACGAUUGUUAACAAAGAGACGUCGCUCGUUCAAAAUACCUUGAAUACGAGCCUUGAUAAAGAGGCAUGCUCCGUCCUGAAAGAAGUGAAAAAACAUCAGGAAAAAAAUUAUAACGAAGGAAACAAAGAUGAUUGUAUACUUGAUAAAAGUACUCGAAUCUUAUCUGAUGACGAAACUGGCGAGUCGCUUGGAAAAAAGCAGCAGGAUUAUUCAAUUACGGAUGUUGCUAAAAAAAAUGAGUUGGAACAAGGUAUAAGUUCUAUGGAGAAUAACAUGGGAAGACGAGAAAAAUGUGCUGACGGAGCUGCCGAGUUUGGUGCAGAAAAAACAUCCACUCCUAAGAAAUCUGAUGAUCAAUUUAACAAUGCUGUAAAUGAAUUGACAAACAAACCUAUUGUCCAAGCGCUACCACCUGCGAAAGUAACAACAGCGAUGCUUUCACAAGAUAUUGCAGAUGAACAAAUCGAAAUCAAUGACGAUGAAAAGAAUAUUGAAAUUCUUCGACAGCUGUUUGGAUCGCCAAAAAAAUUUGUACAAGUACUGAUGAAAAUAGCUGGAGAAUUUUCGGAUUCUAUGGGCAUUAAUGAAAAAGUACUUGGCAGCCAAAAGUCCGCAAUAACAAGUGAUGACAAUAAUGAUCCGAAGAAUCUGGCCAAAGUCUCGAAUGCGAACGAGCCAAAAGAAGAUGAACUCAUGAUCGUAGAAAAUGAGAGUGAAACUAAGUUACAAACGACUGUACCGGGACACGAAACUCUCAAGGAUCUGGAAGCAAUUGCAGAAUGUCUUGUUUCCAAAUGGUCUACAAUCAUCGACAAUAGUUUGGAUGAAAAUGUGCUGGUAGAGCUACUCGAUAAGCACUUGCCGCCUAAAAACUUUCCGCAUCUUGAAGUACCAACUUUGAAUCCACAAUUGAAGGAUGUUAUAGAUGAAAUGGACUGGGCUUGCGACGAGGGCAACGCUUCGAUUCAGGUGCUUACCGCAUCUGCUAUGUCAGCGGUUGGCAAAGCUCUUACAAUGCUACUCAGGGACUCUGCUGAGUUUCAAGAUGAGAAAGCUAAAAAAUUGACAAAUUUUCUCGAGGAUACUGGCAAAAUUCUUGCCCACAUCUUUCAUAUUCAUUUACUUUCUCGCAGGUCCAAGAUUAUACCUAAAAUCCGUGAAGUUUUUGAUUCAAAAUGUAGAAAGAAUCUCAUUGAUGCGAUUAUAUUUGGCAAAAAAUUUGCUCAAACCUGGAAAAAUUUGGAAACCAGGGAUAUCGUUGAAAUUACUAAAAGUGAUAAAAUUAAUGCCAAGAUCAUAGAAAUCGAUCGAUCGUCAUUAAUUAACGCAUCGACAAUGCUGAAAAAGACACGCCCUCGAAGCGGUAAGCCCAAAAUUUUGGAUGUACAGGUUUUGCAAAAGUUACCUCAAACGGUCGAUUAUGCAAAACCUCAAGUGACAUCAGCAGCGCAAUUCCAUGUGACAAAGGUCAGACCAAGAAAAACUAUGACCCAUUCGACACCUCGUUAUUCUCCAAAAGAAGAAUCGAUAAAGUUGCAAACGCGACUUUCACAAAAAAAUCGCAAAUUGUUACACGUUGAUUCGAACGCGUCGUCAGAGACGAAAACUUCGUUUCAAAAUCAAGCAAUAUACGAUGCAAUCCUCAGAAAACGAAGAAUUGAUUCGAAAACCGUUGGAAUCGAAAAGCCUCCAGUCACUAUGGAAAACCUAAAUAAAUCGAUGGAAAUGAAAAAACAAAAAUUGCUGGUUGAAAGAAAAUCCAACGACUCGAUGCAACAACCUCCAUCGAGCGACGAAGAAAAUUUUGAUAUGACGGAAGACAGCGAGUCAGAAAUUUUUGAUGAGGAAGAGGAAAAUGAUUCUGAGGAUGACAAGGAAACAGUGAACGAAGAGUUGAAUAAUUCUACGGAGAAAGAACAAUCUGAUCUUGACAAUGAUGAGGAAUGCAAUUCAAAAGAAAGUGAAGCAACUGAUAUCGGAGGAAGUCGGGAAAAUAUUGACAAAGGUAAAAGAAUAAUAAUUUCCAAACAAAAGGAGGAGUUUAAUUCCAAAGACGGGAAUAAUUCCAAGGAAAAAGAAGAAGAUAAUUCCAAAGUAGACACGGCAGAGGGAUGUUCCAAAGCAAAUGAACAAGAUGAUUCCAAACAAGAGAACAAAGAAGAUUCCACCGGAGGAAAGAAAGAAGAUUCCAGCCAAGUCAAAGGCAUAUCCGUCGAAGAAGAAAUAGAUUCCAAAGAAGAGCAAAAACGUAAGGUGGACAAACAACAUCGUAUCGUUUUGAAGCACAAACAGCCAGAAGUGCCUGUGACUGAUUGUACAAAUCUUAACAACGCCAAUUGCUCUCUUAAAUCUACAAAAGACAAACAAUCUUCAAACUCUCAAGAAGAUUGCGACUCCUCUGAUGAUGAGAAACAGGAGGAAGAAAAAAUUCACUCCGUCGAUAAAACUGAGUCUUGGAAAUCUUGUCGCAGCAAUAAUUCGUCCGUAAAUGAUCCGCAUGCAUCUCAGACUUUGCAAAAAUCUGAGAAAAUGAAUUUGGAACCGGCCUCAGAAAACCAGGGACAGAUGAAUUUUCCAUCAUUCCGAAAAAAUAAUGGCCCGCCACACGAGCUUCUCGCAAAAGUAAUGCAAAUUCGAUUGAGGACCGGAAAAAAAUUGUGGCCGAUUCACUCGCUUGCUAGCGGCCAAGAAACCUCGAAUGUGUCAUCAUUGGACGGUUCGCUGACAAAUACUCCUCGAGAGCCAACCACCAACGAGUUACGAGAGCUCGAAAAACCUUAAAAAACCUUAUUCACGGAGAUCGUUGUUUCGAAGAAAUAAAUUCGUUUGAGAAAAUAUUUAUUUUUAAACACGAAGCUCGAAAAACAAAUACUCGUUAAUUAUCAUAUUUUUAUGUUACGAGCAGUUUAUUAACAAGUGUUUUUUUCUUUUAGUUUUCUGUACUUCUGUUUGUUCCAGAAAAAAAAAUCAACAUUUAUGUUUUUUUUAUUUUUUGUUUUAUAUUUUGUGUUACCCCGGUAUAUUCCUUUGCAAGGUUACUGGUAAAAAAAUACUUUUUUGUUCCGUUUUGAAAGAUUCAUUUGUUUCGUAUGUAAAAGUCAGAGUACGUUUAUUUGUGGAAAUACAAAGUGAAGUUAUGUUCGUU